AUGGGUAUUAGGUAUCUCCCGAUUCGUAUUCUCGAUCAAACUGGGUUGCCAUUUUACAAGUAUCGUGCCUAUUCAGCUCUUCGCAAAGCAGGAUUCGUCGUAUUACGACCAGACCGGUGUCGCGUGCAUUAUCUUCCUCUUCAAGAGCAAUGUGAUCGCUCAACGCAACCAUCAACGUCCUCCAGCUCUCGUUCUUCGAAGGAAUGUGUAACAAGGUAUCCCCAACACCUCCUUGAUGAUUUCCCAACAAUGAGAGACAGUAAAUUUCUCAUCUCGUCUAUGCUUCAUCGUAAUUGUCAGCUUAUUCCUACAGAAGACUUGAGCGACUUCCCAUACAAUCCACGCUGUUUCCGAAUUUCUUACAAGGUUUGGUUUUAG